AUGGGUUGCUCAAAUUGCCAACCUGAAAUAAAAACACUGUUGCAUUCUAAAGACUCUAAUGACUUUGAGGACGAUGUAUGGGGCGAUGAUGACGUGUAUGUCGAUGCCAAUGCAGAUGUAAAAAGGGCCCAUCAGAAACAGGGAUACCUUGAUGGUCUUGCCAGUGCUCAGGAAUCGUCUCUCCAAUCUGGAUUUGAUAAAGCAUUUUCUGACGGUGCAAGAAUGGGAGCAGCAGUAGGUAAGAUCUUGGGUGAACUCCGCGCUUUAGGCGAAAGCGAACUGUUUUACCAAGCUACUAAGGAGUUGAACAUUGCCAAGAUCAUGGACAAGAAGUACUUCGAUAGUGAAUUGAAAAUUCAGAAGAACCAUGAAGUAAUAUAUAAAUGGCAGAAGAUUGUAGCACAACAUCUUGAAGACGCAACAAAGGCAUAG